AUGGAGCUGGUAUUCUUCAUUAUGCUCUGCAUUAUAGUCCUGUCUUUCUCUGCUUUGCUAACACCCUGCACUUCUUUACAUAUUCAACUGCAACCAUCGAAUAAACAAGCCAACGACGAACUCCAAGUCUCUCUCCCUACAUUGCCAAGGAAGCUUAGAUUCACUGAAAAAGUAACUAUUGCCGGACAAGAAGGUAAAGAUUAUGCACCUCCCAACAAGCAGAAGGAAAAUGUCUCAGCCUCAGGUGGUAAUGAUAUUAAACCAAACUUCCCGAAAGAAAAAGAAAGUGUGCGAAGAAGCAGCGGAACAUGGCAGGAAUGGAUGGAAGGGGAAAACACAUCAGAGUUCUUCACAAUGGAUUAUUCCAAAGUAAGAAGACGACGUCCCAUACAUAACAAGUCCCGCCCAGAAGUUUCUCCAUAA